UAUGAGGUUUCUGUUACCUGUUUUCUUUGUGAUUUUAGUUUUAACUGAUGAGCAGUGUGUUGAUAGAGCUUGCGUAAUUUGUGAAAGAGGAUAUUACAAAAAUGAGAGGUGUGUGAAAUGUCCUGAGGAUACCACAAACUUCUUUGUAGGUGCUACUUCCAGAGAUGAUUGUAUACUUGCACCUCCACUACAAGAAUAUUUCACUGUUAAAGAUAAAAAUUGCCCACUUGGUACUGAAAAUAUAUUGUCAAAAUAUUGUAAAGCCUGUUCAUCUGUUUGUCCCGAAUGUCCACCUAAAUUUGGGACUUUAAUAAGUGACUAUCAAUGUCCAGAUUUUACAGAAAGAGUAACAAACCCUGUUGAAGGGUGUAAACCUUGUUUGAACGGAACAGUAAUGUUUAACAAAAAUCAAAUGUUUUGCGAAAAGUGCAGACAUCCGGAUGGCAUUUGUUCUGAAAGGGAAUUUAAGGAAGAGGAUUGCUUACCGGGAACUCAUUGGAACAAGAAAUAUUUACAAUGCAUACCAUGCGGAUAUUCGUCUUUCAAUGUUUUAAAUGAAUUUGCGGAAACGGUAAUAUUGAUUGCACAACAUUUUCUAGAUGAUUGUCCUCCUGGUAGCGAGUAUUCAGAGCUCAAUGAUGGCAAUCGUCGUUGUAUAGCUUGCGCUCAACACCACUAUAGGGAUGGAAAAACUAGAUUAUGCAUUCAAUGCCCAAAGGGUUUUGGAACUUUCCAACCGGGUUCCACGAAAAUAGAGCACUGCAACAGGCCUUUGGCGUCAAAUAUGUCUUUACCCAAAACAGCAGAAGGCUGUCCAAAAGGAUAUGAAAUUCAGUCAGAUAAAUGUGUGCCCUGUCCAAAGAAUAUGUUCAAAAGUAGUCAACUUGAUGAUUCAAAUUGCCAACCUUGCCCGGAAAAUACCAUUGCCCUUUACGUUGGUUCUUCCUCUUGUCAGGAACUGAUUCAAAUUAUAAGUUUCAGUCCUAACUCGACCAGAAAGGCAGAUACAAUUAUUAAUAUCAAAAUAAAAGGAUCUUUUUCUGUCCAGUACAUCUUAAAUAGGAUUACAAUUGCAGAACAGCCAUGUUUUACUAAUGUUCUAAGGAUAUUCGAAAGAACAGAACUGAUAUGUACUGUAAGACAUUCUCCUGAACCUGUAAGCGGACCGCUAAAGUUGAUGUUGAAUGAUGAAAUUGUAGUUGAAUCGAAAGACAUAUUUUCAUUUUUAACAGUCCCAAAAAUUGAAUCAAUUGAUAGAGAAAAAACUUUCGAAAGCGGUGGUCUAAUAGCCAGCGUUAAAGGAUUCGAUUUCAAUUCAACUAAUCCGUUAAUGAUUAUUAGAAUGGUUGAAGGAAACUUUACUACGAAUUGUACUUUAGAUUCUGACACACUUUUGGAAUGUAUUUUACCUAGAUUACCUAAGGGAAAGGGCAAUAUUGGUGUCUUAUUCGACGAAGUCGAUUACUAUUCGGAUUUCCAAAGUUUAACCGUAUUAAAUGACCCUCGGUUAAAGGUUUUUGAAAGAGAUUUAUAUGAAUUGGAAGCUUAUAAAAAGUUUGCUAUUUUUAAUGGUACAAACUUAAAUUCGGCAAAAAUAUCUGAUUAUAAAAUACAAAUUGGUUCGGAAGAAUGUAAAAUAGGUUCUCUUUCAUCUUCCAGUAUAACGUGUAACGUGUUGGAGUUUGAUGUAAAUAUUCAAUAUAACGUUACAGUUAAAUGCGCUGAUUUCAGUUGGUCACUUGGCUUUUUGAAAAAAGUAGCAAAACCCGAUGAUUCUUCGGAAAAUGAUGAUAAUGUUAACUUAAUUAUCAUAAUCUUAUCAACGUUUCGUAGGAAAAAGCAAACAAAACUUAUUAAACGAGAAUCGAAAUGGAAAUUACCAUCGAUUGGUACGAAACGAAAACGCAAUUACGACGACUACCUAAUCGAUUUCGACCAAUUAUCUAUCCAAUAUGAUAUAGAACAAGGCUUCUUUGGUAAACUUAGCAAGGCUAUUUUUUUUCCUCCACAUCAGAUCAAGAUGGUUAAUGUUCAUAUUAAAUGCCUAUACGGUGACAAUGUAACACCUAUAGAUGUUUCGGAGUUUCUAGAAGAAGCCAUGACUUUCAGCAAUGUCUCAAAUGAUUAUAUAUUGUCACCCAUAGCUUUAACGUAUGAUUCCCUGAGGAAACCGUUUGUCCUGUUUCCUGCCGCAAACAAUUUGAAGAACUUUUUAGUUAGAUUCGGUUCAACAUUAAGUCUAAAUGAUUUACUUUUCGUAGCAAACCAAGUUUUAGAAGGUUUGAAUAUUCUUUAUCAGAAAUACGGUAUUCUUCACGGAGAUAUUGCUUGCCGUAAUUGUGUGAUAUCUCAUAACUUAACUACUCAAAUUGCUGAUAAUUGCCUCUCUAAAGACCUCUAUAGAAGUGACUACGGAAUAUUACCUGCCUGUGGAAAUAGAUCAGUACCAAUCCGAUGGAUGGCACCCGAAUUAUUUGUAGAUUAUAAAAUAACUCUUUGGUCUGAGUUGUGGUCAGCUGCUGUUUUAAUAUGGGAAGUUUUAACAAAUGGAGAAACUCCUUACUAUAAGAUUGAUACACUAGACGUUCCUCAUCACGUCCUUCAGGGUCAAGUGUUAGAACAGCCAGCUUUUUGCCCACGGGAAGUUUACGAAUUAUUAAAGUGUUCAUUUUCAAAAGAAAUUACUGAUAGACCAAGCUGGAAAAAUCUACAAGCUACACUUACUAGAUUCAGAUAUUAG